GUAAAAAAAUUUAAUAUAACACAAGGUGAUGAACCAGGAACGUCAAUGAUAUCAACAACAAGUAUAAUAAAUACACAGUCAGUAAUACUCAGUCCAACAAGUCCAACAUCAACAAUGGAAGCUACUCGAUCACCAAAUAGUAGUAAACGAUCUGCAUUAAAUAGUAUUGAGUCAAAUGAGACGCAAGUUAAAUUAAAAAAACUUAAACAAGAUCUUCUUAUAAAAUUUUCAAAACAGUUACAACCAAAAGAUAAGAAACUGGAAAAUCAAAUUGAACGAUAUUUAGCAUUAAAUGUGGAAACAAAUGAUGUUUUACAGUGGUGGAACGCAUAA